AUGAUUCAGUCUACUUGUAACAGUGUGCCCUCCUCUUGUAGCAUGGUUCAGUCUACUUGUAACAGUAUGCCCUCCUCUUGCAGCAUGAUUCAGUCUACUUGUAACAGUAUGCACUCCUCUUGUAGCAUGAUUCAGUCUACUUGUAACAGUAUGCCCUCCUCUUGCAGCAUGAUUCAGUCUACUUGUAACAGUAUGCCCUCCUCUUGUAGCAUGAUUCAGUCUACUUGUAACAGUAUGCACUCCUCUUGUAGCAUGAUUCAGUCUACUUGUAACAGUAUGCACUCCUCUUGUAGCAUGAUUCAGUCUACUUGUAACAGUAUGCACUCCUCUUGUAGCAUGAUUCAGUCUACUUGUAACAGUAUGCCCUCCUCUUGCAGCAUGAUUCAGUCUACUUGUAACAGUAUGCCCUCCUCUUGUAGCAUGAUUCAGUCUACUUGUAACAGUAUGCACUCCUCUUGCAGCAUGAUUCAGUCUACUUGUAACAGUAUGCACUCCUCUUGUAGCAUGAUUCAGUCUACUUGUAACAGUAUGCACUCCUCUUGUAGCAUGAUUCAGUCUACUUGUAACGUCUACUUGUAA